AUGGAAAUGGACGACGACCCAGACCCAGAAAUGCAAACCGGAACACCGGGCCACCCUAUUAGCAUCUCUAGCACUUCCCCAUACCAAGGAUCGCCGUACCGAGGGCCUGAUUCAUAUGCUGAGAGGAUGGCCACGUAUGAUUGGUUCUUUACCCCUUCAUACCAUAACUCUCCUGCUCAACCUCCUUUGGUUGAACCACAGCUUCAAGCAGUUUCACCUCCACCACUUCCUGUUGAGGAGCCGCCUCAACAGGCACCUCAGCCACCUCCCGAGCCUCCGAGGCAAAGGAGGAAUGCACGAAUAUCCGUGCGAGGAGGACCUCGAUUCAGUUCUCCUCAGGGUUCAAGUUCUUACCCUCCAAUUCCCGAAGACCCCCAAAUGGGUGGACCCUUGCACGCGGUGCCGGAGAACGAUCCUCCGCCGGUUUCACAUGCACCACCGCCACCAAUGGGUUUCGAUAAUCCAAUCCCGACUUACCCAGGUUCUUCUGGGUACAACCCUCUUGAAAACCCAUCUGGAUACCCAUCGGAUUAUGGAAACCAUGAUCCAUAUCUUAUUGCUGCUCAGCACAAUGCACUUUAUCCUUCUUCUUACCCUCCAGUUUAUCCAACUGGAUAUCCGGUGCAGGGUUAUCAAUACCCACCAUACCAGCAACCUCCUCCUCCCCAACAGGAGCAAACUCAGGAGAUCCUGCAAAGGUUAGAUAGGGUUGAGCAUGAAGCAAAUGAAACCAAAAAGAAGCAUAAUAGCUUUCUUAAGGGCCUUGCAAGCCUUAUUAAAGGCAAGAAGAAGUAG